AUGACCCUUUCUACCAUCGAGCUGAAGGUCCAAGUGGCCCUUAGCCUCCUCGAUGGUGACGCAGGAGCCUGGGCCACUCCCAUCUUCGCCCAACUCACCGCUUUCCAUAUUGGGACGCAGGGAGCAACAACACCCUUCGCCGACAAAACGGCCUUCCUCACGGUGUUCAAAGCCCAUUUCGGCAACCUCGAUGACACCGCUGCGGCACAGGUAGAGCUCACCAAGCUCUGUGCUGACAAAACUAUGCGAGAGAAGCGCACCGCCGCAGAAUUCUCUGCGCUGUUCAAGGGUCCGGCGGACCGUUCCGGGUAUGGGGACCUGGAACUACGCGACAAGUACCUGAGUGGCAUCCCUUCCCGUGUCUAUCGAAAGAUCGAGCUCGAGACCCUUGCCACGUGGCAAGCCGCUGACAAGCGUGCCACCGAGGUCGAGCAGAUUCUCGACAUCAGCCAGGCCCGUCGGCCCAAGCUAAAUAACUUCUUCUCGGCCCGAGGUCGAGGGCGCGGAGGGGCACGUGGUGGCGCACCCCAGUCACACACAGCUUCGGCCAGCAUCAAUGCGGCCGUUGGAAAAGGCAACUUCCCUGGCACAUGCUUCGGCUGUGGGAAGCAAGGGUACCGACGAUUCGAGUGCCCCAAUUGUAAGGACAAACCUUACACAAAACGCGCCGACGCGUGGGCUACGGUUGCCUCGGGCUCUACCCAGGCGGUGACAAGCGCCCCCGUUGUCGCAACUUGA